UCCACAGAUGCGUAUUGGUUGUUGCUAGUGGCGAUCAUCCGCAACCAAGAAGCUGAGCCUCAUCGCUUACACCACUUGUGUCGACAUCUCGUCAUACCAGCCAAGCUGUUUGACGAAACCGGGCUAUCAUGAACACAUGGGAGUCAUGAAGUAAUGGUCGGCUCAUCUUUACAUCGUGAUCUUAGGAGCCAGACUGAGCUCGAGGGAGGUAUAUAAGUAGGUCUCUCUGGCUUCCCAAGUGGUUGUUUCCUAUCAUACCAUUUCUCUCUACUCCGACACUCGACCAACAAACAAAACACUCUCCAGUAUGCCUCAAGGAACUGAUCAGUCUCACGCCGUCGGUGGCUCCAAGGUCCCCGUAGGUGCACAGGAAUCCCUGCCAAAGGGUGUCGAAGAUAGCGUGCCAAACAAGGUGCAUGACACAGGCAGCACCGGAAGCAAGAGCCAUGCCACAGGCCCUUCCAAGGUCCCCCAGGUCAUCCAGGAGGCAGCGCCCAAGAAGUUGGAACAGAUCUUGCCCGAGAAGAUUCAUCCUACCAAGUAG